AUGGCCUGGAACAGCGACUCUCAUGCCGGGCCAGCUCUGGAUGACGAGCAUCCAUGGGGAGCUCCACCGAGCAGCUUGAGCAGCAACGGCUUCGGCAGCUCGUCCACCGGCUUCCCCUCGACCGGUCUUGGUGGAGGGGGCGGUACCUCUGCAGGUUUCCCGUCUACUGGCCUAGGCACAGGCGGGACAUUUGGCAUCGGCGGGUCUAGCAGUCAUGGCAAUGACGGCUUCACCGCGGAGCUACCCUCCGAAGUACCAGCAGUGGAUGAUGGGGGAGGUUGGAGCGCUCCUCAAUAUGCUGCUGCUCCGCCUCCACGAGCAAACCCAUUCGCAAGGAGCGCACCUCCUCCCAUCAAUCGUAACGAGAGCUGGGGAAGCGGCAUAGCUGGCGCGGGUACGCUCGAUGGCAACACGCAACAGAGACUUGCUGGAAGCAGCAGUGGAAGUGGAGACUCUUCCUUUGCGUCGCAGCAAGGUUACGGUGGAAGACUACCGCCCGCCUCGGCCGCUCCCAGUAGUGGUUCUCGCGACGGGUCAUACGACUAUCGAGGCCGCCCAUCAGGCGGAUACGAGUCGAGUACCUACGGCGGAGCAUCUCCAUUUCAACAAUCACCUUAUCAGCAAUCGCAAGGUCAGGGUCAAUCGGCGAGCGCAUUUGUAGGCAGUGGUGCAGCGGGAGGCAACCAGUCCGGCCGGGCACCUCCUAAUUCAUCCUCUGCCUUCGCCCCUUCUUCUCGAGGCUUCAACACUCCCUCUUCCACACUGACGCCCAACGAUACUCGAUCGCCUCUAUCGUCAGCAGCACCACCUCAGCAACAAGCUUUUCAUCCACAAACAUCUCUUCCGAUCUCUCCCGCAGCUAUUCCUCCUACACCGGCCUACUCACCGUUUGCCCGAGUGGAUAGCUUGGCGGGUCGAAGGGACAACCCGGAGGAGAUGUAUGGGGUGCCGGAGAACUUCUUGGAGGUAGAGGUGAAGGAUCCGCGGACUUGUUGUAAGUGUAAGCGCUGGUGCUGUCUUUGCUGCCUGAGCAUUCGGAUCAGACACCCGCCAUGCAUCCAUCUCGCUCGUCUUGCUGAUCUUCAGCUCUGUACACAGCCUUUGGACGCAAGCAGUACACUGACUAUGAGAUAGUCACGAGAGUGAGUAGUAGUGCCAGCAAGAUAAUCUUGACUCACCCGAUCGAUGCAGAGAGCCUUUCCGAUCUGACCACAACUCAAUCAACGUCGAUGCAACAGACGAACAUUCCGGCAUUCAGGCUGCGCUACUCGAGCGUUCGACGACGAUAUUCUGACUUUGAGUACUUCAGGGAUGUACUAGAAAGGGAGUCGACCCGAGUCAACAUUCCGACGCUGCCUGGAAAGGUAUUUACAAAUAGGUUCAGUGACGAAGUCAUCGAAGCCAGAAGGGAAGGGCUUGAAAGAUUUCUAGUGACCGUGGCCGGGCAUCCGCUUUUGCAAGUGAGUGUGACUGUCAACUUUGCGGCUGUCCGCGCCAGUAGAGACUAAUCGCGAUGUCCUCGCGUCUUCCAUCAUCCUAGACCGGAUCCAAGGUUCUCAUCUCAUUCUUGCAAGAUUCGACUCCGAACUGGCAAGCGCGCGGAGGAGGCGCGUGGUGA